AUGGAACGUGAGAAAAUGACGAUGGAAAUCUUCGAUCGAUUGUUGAAAUUUGGCAAUGAAUCAGACCGACCGUUGUUUUGUCAACGUUUGCAAAAUAUUUGGAACGAGCAGACUAUUUCCUGUCAAUCAUAUCCGACAAUCACGAAUCAAAUGCUUGAUUUGUACAAACUACAUAAUCUCGUUCAAGAAAGACAAGGCUAUUUGGAAAUUACGACGAAUCGUGGUUGGAAAGAGAUCUCGAAUAUCUUAGGUUUUGGCGAUUCGGGCAAGGAAUACUACGGGAAAAGUUCAGCUGCGUACAGUGUUAAACGUAAUUACAUUCGAUUAGGUUUACUAGCAUACGAAUGUCGUUUUGAUCGAGCUGGAAUUGAUCCACGUUCCGUGAUGGAAAUGGCUGAAAUGCCACAUACAGUUAAGAAGAGAAAGCGUGGUAAUAUUUGUGCAUCAACACCUGUAAAAAUCAGUAAACAACAAUUCCAAACACCGCACGAUCCUGACGAAACAAAAAAGCAUUUGCCACUACCUAUUGACAUCCCUUCAUCUCGCAUUCCAAUGCAAUCAUUAUGUCUGACUGAUUUUCAACAUCUCGCCUUUAUUCUCCGUACUGGUUGGUUGGCGGAUAUGAACAAACAUUUAGAUACGCUUCUUAUUUUGCUCAGUGAACCGCGCACAGCCUGUUACUUUCAUCUAAAAUCGCUGCCGGGUUUAUUCAAUGCCAUCAUGGAGCAAUACGUCGCUUGUCUACAUGAAUUGUUUCAUCAAUCGUUUGUACAACUCUCGCCGCCAAAUGGUUCUUGCAUGGAUUGGUUUCUUCAAUUGAAAUUACGGAUCGAUGAGGGUGUCAUUGGUCCUAUAUCAAACGAACAACAUUUAGAAAGACUCUUCUUCGGUACACAUCGCUAUGUACUCAAACGGUUGAUGACACAAUCAACUAACCAUCAGUAUAUGAUUUCUAUUGAUCGCUCCCACUCAUUGAUGAUCCGAUGUUCGUGUUUAUCAACAAUAGUACGAAAUUUAUCAUUUAUUGAAGAAAACGACUAUUUAGCUAAUGAUCGAUAUUUUAUCGAUAUUCUCCUAGAAGUGUUAAAUUGUCAUCAUGAAACAAUGCAUCAAUUAUUUGAUUGUUCGCAUACACAAUCACUGAAUGAGUCCAAUUGUCUGCUAGAUGACCCAUUGACUUGUUCGAAAGCUGAUAGUCAACAGCAUUUUAUGUAUCUUCUGGAUAAUACAUUUGUUACAUUAGCCAAUCUCUCAACAUUUAUUGAACUUCAACAUUAUCAUUCGACAACACGAUUUCGAUUAGUUCAUACGCUCAUUCAUUGGAUUUUAUGUGCAUUAUCAUUUGCAGAUGAAACAUUUAUUUCGAUGAACAUGGAAGAGCAAAUGACAAACAAGAAAAUUCACGUAUCUCCACGUGAAAUUACCUUACAAAUCUUUGCGAAAUUGUGCACAAACGAAAGCAAUGUUGAUUUCAUUUUACUCGAUCUGAACUGGGAUGAAAUGCAAACUUUCAGUCGCACACUUCUAUCUUUAAUGAAUUCGAUUAAGCAGGAAGAUACCAAUCGUGAAUACUGUUUAAUCAUCAUCUGUUCUCUAUGCAAACGAAAUCGAUCGUUAGUCGAAUAUUUCUCUUCGCAAAUCAUUUGUAUUGAAUUGAUCUUCAAUUACUUGGAAUUCUAUGAAUACAAUCAACAACAGUAUCUGAUCGCAACCUUAGCAUCCUACUACAACGCAUCGUCGACAAUGCCAGUCAAUCAUUCAGCUGAUAUGAUGAUUGAUUCAUGCAUUCAACUAUUAUUACUCUUUGCCAAUACUGAAGAAAAGAACUGUUUGACAAUGUUCGAAUAUCGACUUCUCGAUAUGUCAGCGUCCAUUUAUUUCGAACAGAGAAUCUUAAAAGCAUUUGCUGAGAUUCUGUAUCUAAUCAAUUCAUAA